AUGGCGGGCCCGUCCGACGGCGAUCCCGACGGAUGGGUCGAGUUCUGCGAGCGUCAGGCCAAAGCCGCCGCUCAGGACUUCGCCAAGGCUUGCUUGCAGUAUGUACAAACCGGUGCCGGCGACUCUGCAACGCGGCCGCAAGCUCCGCACAAGGAGCUGCUGAAGAAAUUCGUGGAAUGUUUCUCGGAACAGUUCGAGUAUGAAAUUGGGAAGUUGAAAGCUUUGCAUAAACUUCCUAACGGCACACACACGGGACACGACGAGAGCGACUAUUCCGAAGAUACAGACUCGCCAAAAACGCAACACAAACCAUUUUUCCGAAGGUUAUCUUUCAAAGGUCUGAGACGUGGGAAAGGGUUGUUCCACAAACAACACUCGGACGAGGUGGAGCUCUCAUCACAUCUGAACAAACACAACAAGACUAAAUUAGCUAAAAUAGUUGUAGAAUGUAGGAAGGAGGGGCUGGUAAAUUAUUUAACUCCUGAGAGUCUGGAACAGCCCAGUGGCCCUCAGAAGUGGGAAAGGUGCAGGCUAGCUUUGGUAAAGACGGUAGGGGGUUACAUGCUGGAGUUCUACUCUCCUCCAAAAGCACAGAAGCCCCGAAGUGGAGUAUUUUGUUUCCUUAUAUCGGAAGCCCGAGAAACCACUGCGCUGGAAAUGCCUGACCAUGAAAAUACUUUUGUAUUGAAGGCAGACAAUAACAUGGAAUAUGUAAUAGAGGCAGCUGAUGUAGACGAUAUGAAAUCAUGGUUGGCAACUAUCAAGUACUGUAUGAGGGCGCCCCCGACCACGCAGCCGCCGCCAGACGCGCUGCCAGGCAUGCCAGAACCGGCACCCCCGGACCUGCCACCACGAAGAGACCUACCAACCAGCACCAGCAAUAUUGACUUAGCUACUGACACUCCUGAAGAGGCUGAAUUAGGUUCGAUAGCAGAAGAAGCUUGUGAGUCGUCAUCCCGCAUCUCCCUAGCGGAGUGGCCGUGGUUCCACGGCACACUGGCCCGCGCAGCCGCCGCGGCCUGCGUGCUGGCGGGCGGCGCCAGUGGCCACGGAUGUUAUCUCGUACGACAGAGCGAGACACGACGCGGGGAAUAUGUGCUCACUUUCAAUUUCCAGGGUCGCGCAAAACACCUCCGUAUGACCCUGAGCGAGACGGGUCAGUGUCGCGUGCAGCACCUGUGGUUCCCCAACGUGCACGACAUGCUGGAACACUUCCGAGCGCACCCCAUCCCGCUGGAGUCGGGCGGCGCGGCUGACGUCACUCUCACCGAGUACGUCGUCUGCCAGGAAGGGAACCGACAACAAUUGGACGUGACCCACGGCAGCGACGUGCGCAUGCGCCGCGCGGAGUUAGAAGCACUGCUGGUUGCUAGCGGAGCUCACCACGACAUCCGCGCCGUGGACAACCAGUACACCUUCGUUUAA